AUGGUAUCGCCAAACAAAGAUCCUUACGACUAUCCAGUUUCGCCGUUCAAGUCGAGAGACGCCAUGGCCGGCACUCCUUCAAAGGACGAUGGUCUAGUUCAUCGCGAGAAGCCUGAUGCCAUCAAGGCCUCUCCGGUGGUACGAUCUGGCACUCCUCUUACUGGCACGCCACGCGCCGGAACUCCUCGAGUUACGACACCUCGCACUGGUACUCCCAAAGGCCUCAAGGUCAGCACACCAAAGAAAGGCACUCCCGUUGAGAAGCGCGUUAUCGCGUCGGCUCCUGAGCCUGAAGCGCCUGAAAGCCCCAAGUCCAAGAGCCCCGAACCCGAAAUUCCCGAGCAAAACGGCGAAAGGUCGCAGCUGAACGGAGACUCCCCCGAAAAAGUCAAUCCCGGAUUUAAGGAAGACGUCGCGAUUGAGGAAUUCAUUAAUCAUCGAGUCGACCCCGACAACUCGACCGUCGAUAUCCAGGUCAAGUGGGAAGGCGGCGAAAAAUCUUGGGAACCAGAAUGGAGUCUACAGGAGCAGGUCCCCGGGCUUAUCUUCAAGUACUGGGACAAGCUCGGCGGUCGCGAGGCUGCCACCAACCUUGACAUCUACCAUGCGUUCAAGAUCCUCAAGCGCACCACGCGUCCCGGUAAGGCCAAGGGCGACAAGUACAUGUACCAGGUGCAAUGGGUUGGAUACCGCGCAACCGAUUCAACUUGGGAGCAGGAGUCCAAGAUCCGCACAAUUGCCCCUGGAGAGCUGGAGAAAUUUGAGGCUAAGCUAUUGGCUAGCGGUGCUUCGACCGAUAAGCGCAAGACAGCGCGUGGACCUGGACGACCUCGCAAGAAGCCCCGGGUUGAGGAUUAG